GGGACAGCCAUUCAGUCAGUGGGCUUGAGGUUCAAGGAAUGUAGUCACCAGUGGAUACCAACACAGGCAAAAUGUCUGAAGGCUAACAGAGAUAGCCCUCCAGACCUCUGAAUUGCUGCCAACACCUCCAGUUUGUUCAGCGGUUCAAGUAUGAAUGAAAAAUAAAGAUGCCUCAGCUAAAGCUCAGAACGGGUUUGGGAGGUUGUCAUUUCAAGCUCCGCUUUGUUGCAGUUGCUGACUUCAAUUCAAAACAGUCCAGGUGGUGACCUACAAUCCUGCCAGAGCGACUCCACACAUCUUGGCUGCUUUGGAUUCUGCGUAACGGCGGGGACUACUUGAAGGUUCAUUUUCCCAUUUAUGGAUUAUGCCUUAAUUUGCAGAUUCGUAUGCAAUUCCAAGUGCGAUGGAAUCAGCAAAAGUGGAUUAUGACGAACUGGCUGAAUAUAUCCUAUGGCAAAAGCUGGACAUGAGGAGUGGAUACAUAAUAUGUAAAACAAUACAGACUGCCACAUCCUCCUGAUCUGAGAACAACAGCUAAGGUCAUCACCAUGGUGACCUUUGCUGAGACCACACAGGUCUCCCCUAUGGGGCUGUGUGAGCCGCCCUGCCGAAACACGACCCUGUCCCCCGGGCUGCGGCGGAAAAAGAUGCUGUGGAAGAAUGCUGUAAAACACAUCCUUAUCCAGCAGGAGCUCAGCGCCCAGGUUGGUGUGGAACCAGCACGCAAAAUCUUUGUGACAGACGUCUACAUGGAGGAGAUCAACAGACAAAUCCGCAACAAGGCCUCACGUGGGGUCACAAAACGUCGUUCCUCUACAUUCAGAAUCCACCCUUCUCAGGCCCGCGGUUCCACCAGCACACACAGCAGUGUCAGAGGGUCUUUCAACGAUUACGCCAGCGAUGCCGACUUCUUUGUGCACUGGGGUCGCACUGUUCGUGGUGUCUACAUACCCACCCUGAGGCACACCUUCAAGUCCCGUGACCUGGAGAAACUCUAUCAGCAACACUCUUCUCACCAAAGACGCAACUCUCUUGCCAUCACAAAUGUAAUUGAUGCUGUGGCCAAGCUGCAUGUGUUGGUUCUGUACCUGGCGUUGGCCCCAGAGGCAGUAACGGACACUCUGCGUGGCUGCCUGACGGGCAUUUUCAUGUUGUUUGCUAUAGCACUGUGCAUUGUGGUGUUAACCUGCAAAGACUCCAUGUCUCCACGGUGGCUCCACUAUGCUGGCCUAGCUAGCUGGCUGUCACAGACCACACAGGUGCUGGGAGGACUGGUAUAUGGACUAGAAAAAGACCCGUCAUGGUACGUUUUGUUCACCUUGUUCUCCACAUACACACUGCUGCCGUUACCUCUGCUGUGGGCCAUGUGCGCCGGCUCCCUUACCUCAGUGCUACACCUUCUGGUGGAGAUAAUGCGCUACUACAAUGAUCUGGUGCUCUUGAGAAAGGUGUUUGCCAAAGGCCUACUGUACCUGGGUAUGAACACAGCUGGCUUGUUCAUCCACUACCUGACAGACCAUGCCCAGAGACAGGUCUUCCUGGAGACGCGGCGCUGCAUUGAGGGUCGCCUCAAACUAGAGCAAGAGAACCAGAGACAGGAGCGUCUGGUGCUGUCAAUACUGCCUCGCUUUGUUGCCUUGGAGAUGAUUGCUGACAUGAGUUCAUUGGAAGAUGAACUCAAUCCUCAGGAGUUUCACAAGAUCUAUAUCCACCAGUACAAAGAUGUCAGCAUCCUUUUUGCAGACAUCAAGGGCUUCACUCUCUUGUCCAUGAACCUGUCGGCACAGGAUCUGGUUCGAACCCUCAACGAGCUCUUUGGACGCUUUGACCGACUGGCAGAGGAACACCACUGCCUGCGAAUAAAGAUACUGGGAGACUGUUACUACUGUGUGUCAGGGGUCCCCGAGCCACAGCGUGCCCAUGCCCGUUACUGCGUUGAGAUGGGCCUGGCUAUGAUCAACGCUAUACGGUACGUGAGGAAGCAGUUAAACUUUGACAUGGACAUGAGGAUCGGGAUUCACACAGGAUCUGUCCUAUGUGGGGUGCUCGGGCUGCAGAAAUGGCAGUUUGACGUGUGGUCCUGGGACGUGGGCAUCGCCAACAUGCUGGAGGCCGGGGGAAUACCAGGACGCAUCCACAUCUCAAGGGCAACUCUGGACUGUCUAGAGGGCACCUACAAGACAGAAGAUGGUCAUGGCCGUGACAGGAACGAGUUUCUAAGGAGACACAACAUCGACACUUUCCUCAUCUGCCCUCAGGAGGAAAGGAGCAAAGCUGACCACACUGAGCCCCCCAAAGUACAGAAAACAAAUCGAACUUGGAACCUGGAGAUGCCUUUUGGGAACGUCAUCAACAUGAACAGUAUCCUGGCCUCCUUUACAAACGGUUCACUGCCCAACAUAUGGCAGUCCACCUCCAAAGAGAUCAACAAACGAAUCCAACAUGCCAUAGAGGUCCGAAGCAGUGAGCGUAUGCACAAGGAGCACAUCACUCCACUGACCCUGGUGUUCAAGGACACGCACAUCGAGGACAAGUUCUCCCAGAUGAGAGACGAAAUGUUCAACUCCAACUUGGUCUGUUCCUUCAUCAUGCUCCUCUUUCUCAUGGCUGCCCAGACGCUCAUCCCAGCUCCCAGGCUGUUCCCAGCCAUCCUCCAGUUUUCAGUCUUUCUGCUCGCCUACAUGCUGCUGCUGCUGUUGGCCCUGGCUGAGGAGUUCAAGUGGACUCCUGCCGCACUGCAACAGUUCUGCUGCUGGAUCCAUGAAAACAACAGUGCCCGCAACCUUCUCACCCUUACUGCCAUCAUCAUCAACUUCGGCUUGGCCUCUACUGACAUGGUAUGGUGCAUUCUCACAAACACAGGAGAGGCUGAUAUGAUGGACAGAACUAACACACCCUCACGUCCUCUCACUGCCUGCAUGUACCCUGAGGUCUUUGUCUUGAGCGGUGUGAUCGCCAUGGUGACUUGUGCCGUGUUUCUGCGUCUCAACUCUCUGCUUAAGCUGGCGGUCUUGCUGCUGGCGGUGGCUGUAUACUCCUACCUCAUCCACCUGGCCUUCCUCACGCUCACACGCCACGAUAUGCUACACAGGUCUCACUAUGUCAGGAGAAAAGGAAUCUCCAUCCUUCUCAUGGUGAUGUUUAUUGUUGCUGUCUUCUACAAUGGGCGGCAGUGGGAGGCCACUGCCAGACUGGACUUCCUGUGGCGUCUGCAGGCCCAGCAGGAAGUGGAGGACAUGAGAGAGCUGCGGGAGCACAACGAGUGUUUGUUGCACAACAUCUUGCCUGUGCACGUGGCCCGACAUUUCCUGGACCGGAGCAAGAAUGACGAGGAGCUUUACUCACAGUCCUAUGAUGAAGUGGGUGUUAUGUUUGCCUCCAUUGCUGGGUUCAAUGAGUACUUCGAGCAGAAAGAGAUCAAACAUGAAGGAGUGGACUGCCUCCGACUGCUGAAUGAAAUCAUUGCUGGCUUUGAUGAGUUGUUGGAGGAGUCGUACUUCCACUACGUGGAGAAGAUCAAAACCAUUGGGAGCUGCUACAUGGCCGCCUCUGGCUUGGCUCCAGACCGAGAGGUAUCCAUGGAUGAAUGGAAUCACCUGAGUGAGCUGGUUUUAUUUGCGUUGGCAAUGCAAGAGACCUUGAAAGAAAUGAACAGGCACUCUGCCAAAAACUUUCAGCUGCGCGUGGGCAUUGCUCAUGGGCCGGUGGUCGCAGGUGUGAUCGGUGCCACCAAGCCGCAGUAUGACAUCUGGGGGUCGACAGUGAACCUGGCCAGCCGCAUGGACAGCACAGGUGUUAGCGGACGCAUCCAGGUACCCGAGGCCACGCGCCGGAUCCUGGCAGAAUGGGGCUUUGUCCUGGAACUACGUGGAGAAAUAUUUGUCAAGGGGGUGAGCGAGCGCCAGGGGAAAGUCCGCACCUAUUUCAUCAGCUCCAUGCGCAGUAAGGCGGCCAAUGUUGGAACAGAUGGCCGCAUGAGGGGGCGGACGGCAGGACGCAUGACGCUGGCAGGAGUGGUGUUUGGUCUCGUCCAGGCCAGACACAAGGAGAAGAUGAGAGAGACCAACGGGGGGUUCAGCCUGACUCCCCGCACCCUGCAGUGCUGAGUCGGCUGUUAGGGUCCAAAGACUGCAGGUAGAGGAGGACGCAGUCCAACCUGUAUUGUUGCUACUUUCUACUUUCUCUAAACCUUGCCAUAACAAGAUUAGCUGCUGCACACUGGUCACAGGAUACAUUUUUCGACCAUGAUUGUGUCCUCCUCAGCUUACCUGUUGUCUCAAAAAGAUAUAUUAUUAAAGGUUUUGGACAGUAUUGUGCUUAAUCGACACAUAUGGGAACUCAUCCAUGGUCAAAUUUCUUAAGUUCUAAAGCUGAGCUUUAAUCUUUGAAUUCACGAUAGAGUGGUGUGUUCUGAACUUUGCUUAGAAAGGACCUAACUGUACUACCGGCCUCUUUUACAGUAAGUCUGAGUAUCUUGAGAGCACCACUUUCUUUUUUUUAUUGCCAUAUCUCCACAUCAUAAGCUCUGUUAUCAGUUUUUAAGUUCAUUUUGUAUGAAAUUAUCAAAAGCCAACUUGUCUUUUUUUGUUUUGUUUGUUUUGUUUUGUUUUGUUUUUUUGCUGUGAUGAUACUGUAGCAAGUCCUCAGACCUCUAAGCCAAAACACAGAAUACCUCAAAACAACCAGCUCAACCUCAUAGUCUACCAAUGGCCUGUAAGAUACUGACUAUGUUUCAAUUUACUUAUCUUGCAUCAUUUUUACAAUUUUCCACUGUUUCAUAUCGUGAGCUGACACAAUAUUUCUACUUAAUAUCUGCUCUAGGGACUUUAUCUCUAUAAACAUACAACAAUGCAGCUACAGAAGUCUUGAUUGCUGCUUGGUUUCACAUUGUACAUUUUGUUCAUAGCUCCUAGUGAGGUGGUAUUUCUCUUCUUCUCAUGUCACUGCCAGUAUUGCUCUGGAUUUCUGUGGUUUUUCCUGUGAUUUAAGUCACACCACAGCCAAUUCAGUUUUGCCUCAGUGCCCAGUGGUUACUCUCACUUUAGUUACUUUACUACAGUUAUAUUUAGUGAAACUCAAAAAAGAGACUGAACCGACUUAAGUGGAAAAAAAACACCUCCCAGCUCUCUUUUUCUUGGUGUCAUAAUACUUUGUGUUAUAGGCGCACAUUGAUGCCGUCUUAUGAAAACCACGCAAAUCUGAAUUGAGUUUCUUCGUGUUUAAAAAGUAGAGAUUGACUUCCUCUGUGGGAUUCCCAGAGGACUUACUCAGUUACUGGUGAUAUCAGACUUUUUCAAACUAAAGGGUUUGGUUGUAAAUCCAUGAACCCAUCAAAAUGUAAAGAAUAGGAACCAAAAGUCUUUUUCAAUUUAUGUAUUAUACCUGAGGUCACAUCCUAAAAAAAAUACUGGGCUGGGCCUUUAAAAUAAGGCUGUGUUUUCUGAAAGUUUGGCAUUCUGGAAAUGUAAUCUGUAACGGUCAAGUUGUAACAUUUUGUUAUUCAUUUUU